AUGCCCCACCUGAUCCUUCCCCUCGCCGGUUUGCUGCUCUUCAUCGCGUUCUUAGGCAGUGGAGCAGGUGUGGAGGUGACUGUACCUCAAGAUCCGGUGAUGCAACAGAGAGGUUUGAGCGUGGAACUGCCAUGUCAUUACAAAACAUCAGUCGACAAAAACUUCAUGGUGGAAUGGAAGUUUGCCCCUGGCUCAACAUCUCCCGACAGUGGGAAACAGAUCCUCUACUUCACAAAUAAUGUGCUGUAUAAACCCGGCUCCCAGGCUAAACGGCUAAGCCUGCUUCAUGACCCUCCCACCUCGGGUGAUGCGUCCAUGCGACUGAGCGAAGUCCGCGCAUCAGAUGCCGGCACCUAUAGCUGCGAAGUGAACAAUCCUCCAGACUUCGAUGGAUCUGGUUUCGGGCUUAUCCAAUUCACAGUUUUAAUGCCUCCGUCCACUCCUGUGUGCACGGGGACCACCAGUGCCUCGGUGGGGUCAGACACCAGGCUGGCCUGCAGCUCUUCAGAAGGUGUUCCUGCCCCGAUUUACACCUGGACCCAGAUGGAUUCAAAGACUCCACUACCACUGUCCAACAUGGUGCAAAAUGCAAAAACGGGGACACUGUUCCUGAUGAAUGUCUCGCUGGCUUUCUCCGGGACGUAUCAAUGCGUGGCCUCCAAUGAAUUUGGACGGCAGAGCUGCGAGAUAUCCCUCCAUGUGAAAGGUGGGGACAAGUGUUCAGACGGGAAUGCCAAGAAAUUCUUCUUCUUAAUCUUUCUGGGUGGCUGA